CAGAACAACUCCCUUGGUACAACCAAAAAGACCAGUGUUUACUUUUCAUUAAAAGUGGAAGAACCUAGAAAGCAGAUUGGAAAGAAGCAGCUGGAAAAGUGAGAGGAAAACUGAAUGUUUGUAAUCUUGGAAGCCAUUUGAGAAUGGAGCCCACUUGGUAUACUAGCAGAUGAAGAAUUUAAGGAGGAUGUCUAUCUUUAUUCUCUUUAGCAACUGAGAGUCGGCUCUGGGAACCAUCAGGCACCAUGGGGAAGCGGGACAAUCGGGUGGCCUAUAUGAAUCCUAUAGCAAUGGCCAGAUGGAGGGGCCCAUCUCAAUCUGCAGGCCCAACAAUACAAGAUUAUCUGAAUCGACCAAGGCCCACCUGGGAAGAAGUGAAGAAACAAUUAGAAAAUAAAAAGAAAGGCUCCAAGGCAUUAGCUGAAUUUGAAGAAAAAAUGAAUGAGAAUUGGAAGAAGGAACUAGAAAAAAGCAGAGAGAAAUUAUUAAGUGGAAAUGAGAGCUCAUCCAAAAAAAGAGAAAGAAAGAAAAAGAAAAAGAAGAAAUCUUGUCAGUCUUCAUCUUCUUCUACAUCAAGCUCUGAUUCUUCAAGCAGUUCUUCAGAUUCUGAGGAUGAGGAAAAGAAACAAGGAAAAAAGAGAAAGAAAAAGAAGAACCGUUCAUACAAAUCAUCAGAAAGCUCUACAUGUGAAUCUGAAUCAGAGAGCAAAGAAUCUGUAAAAAAGAAAAAGCAGUCAAAGGAUGAAACAGAGAAAGAAAAGUAUAUUAGAAGUCUCAGCAAAAAAAGAAAGAAGACUUGUCCUGAGGAUAAACCUUUAUCAUUGGAGUCCUCAUCAGAAUCAGAUUAUGAAGAGGAGGUGCAAGCAAAAAAGAAGAGAAGACGUGAAGAGCGAGAAAAAGCAACGGAAAAAGCAAAGAAGAAGAAGAAGAAACAGCACAAAAAACAUAGUAAGAAGAAGAAAAAGAAGUCAGGUUCAAACCACAAGUCCGGAUAAUAUCAAGAAAAAAAGCAAGAUUCCCCUAUUGAAAAAAGAAAGGUGUAAAGGAAACUUCAACUGUGAAUGUUAGGGCAUAUUUACCAAAAUGCAUGAGUUUCCCUGUGUUAGUUAAAUUAUUCCUGGACUUUGAGUUGCCAGUCAAAUGCUACUGUGCCAGAAAGGGCCAUAAUUGUUGCCUGCAGCUUAAAUGUAGGAUUUUGGGGUUUUUUGUGUGUUUUUCCCUCCACUGGCUAAUUCUUCUGAGAGCUAAAACCGUGUUGUCAUACUAGUGGUUAAAAUGUUUGGAAUUAAAGUAAAAUGUUUCAGAUGAUAAAUAAUUUUGACCAAACAGUGGGUCUAAUGUUAAAAGUAUCUAAUUUGGUUACAUCUUUAAAAUAUAAUCAGAA